UAUAGCCCGGCGACAGACUUCUUCCUGGUCUUCUAUUGAUUCGUUCAUUCCAUCAUGGUUCCUCUCGCGCUGUUCUUCGUCCUGUUGACGGUCCCUGUUUUGGAUUCCUCUGGCGACCCACACCAGCUCACGGCAAAGCCUGGACAGGACGUCCCUCUUCACUGUCAGGUUCCCAAAGAUGCUGACAUCGCAUUUAUAGUGUGGAGCAGACCUGACCUGGAGUCAAUGAAAUAUGUUUUAUUAUACAAAGAAAACCGUACACAUGAAAAUUACCAGUUCUCCUCAUAUCGUGGUCGAGUGAACCAGAGUGAUCCAAAGAUGAAGGAUGGAGACGUUUCUGUUGUUCUGAAGAACGUCAGCGUCAACGACACCGGAACUUACGAAUGUGGAGUUAUAAUCGGGGGGAAUCGCAAACCUGAAGUAAUCAACACCAUCAUGCUGAACGUCACAGACUCAGGUCACACUGAUGGAGGAGGCAUCCUUAAACUUCUUCCAGUUAUUCCAGUUAUUAUUGUGAUUUUUAUUGCUAUGUUCUUUGGCUGUAAGAAGAGUUCGGAGCAGCCUGUUGCUGCUGAAAAUGAAAAAAAUAUACUUUUUCAAGAUUCAACACCAUUUAUUAAUCCCCCAACGGGGACAUUGACAGUGUUGCAAGGGAUAGGGGAAAAGUAUAAAAAGACACAGAUAUAAACAAAUUGUAACUAUUAGAUAAAUAUAAAAGAAUAGAUAAUUUUAUAGUAAAUAAGCAGUUGUAUCAAUGAUUGCACAGUCACAUUAUUAAUGCAAGACAUGCUGAAAUAAAAGUAUGUAAUGAUCCUGGUUAUUCUACAUACAAUUGUAAUUGAAUACCUUUCAUAGAGGGCUAAAAGGUUAGCGUUGGAUGACAAAAGAAAUUAUUUUUUCGACUACGUCGAUGCUAUUUAUGAAAAUUCAUCCAAAAGUUACCUUCUCCCCCUCAAUGAAGCGUCCACUAAUCUCUGUAGAUUUGCUCCUACAAACAUUUGUUCACGACCAGUUAGCAGUUAAAAACUUUUGAUAAAUUGUAUAACCUGUCUUACUAAAGAAAAGAACAGCAACAUGAAUUUGUAUGUGUGUUCAGACAGAUAUUUUUAAUAAUUUGAUUCAUGAAUGUACAUUUUAUUUUCAUGGUAUUUGAGCAAUAUGUGAAACUACUUCCUAAUUCGACCAAUCAAGACUCUUGAAUCUGCCUGAUUUAUACUAAAUGUGCAGUGAUACA